AUGGCGCGAGGAUUAGCUUACCGCUGGGAUAAUCCCUCUAUCGGAAAAUUGAACCUUUAUCCUAAUGAAUGGCAUGGCGAUGACCCUUUGUUUCAAGCUCCUUCGGAAAUGACGGGGCAAUUCAAGUCUGCUGGAACUCUUUCGCGAAUUCCUCUUGAAAUCAUUCAGAAAAUAUGCCUCUUGCUCGAUCUCGAUACUCUGAAGAACUUUUGUCUUGCCAGCUCAGCAUUGGAGGCCAAGGCCCUUUCCGUUCUCGAGUACUCCAGGCUCCUGGAGCACGCGCCGGAUACCUUGGAGCUCAUGGACAUUACGGAAGUCGCAAAAUAUUACACACCGCUGCUGCCACGAUUGCCACUUCAAGAGCCCAAAGUUAUGUCUCGCUCCCAUACGAAAACAGUUGUCGCCAAUUACAUGCUUGAUGACGAUGUGUCCUCCCAACUCCGUGUCAUCAACAGUAUCCCGGGCUGGUAUGGGACUAUGCGAGCUAGCGGGCUAUGGAUCCGUCGGGAUAGCCUAGUUAGCACUUAUGAUGCUGAACAGCUUGCUCUCCAGGAAUACGGAACGCUGCAGAACGUUGAGGCGGCAUUCCGUGAACACACCGCGCAAGUCUCCGCUGAAAAACUCGCUCAGGAUAUGUGGCUCACGGGAAAUUUCGCGACCCUUCCCCGCGCUCCGCAAAUGGUGUAUAGCCGUUUCUUGACUUGCGAUAGCUUUCCCAUUAAACGCCGCUUCUUAGCUACAACUGCGUUCCCGUACUAUGACCCAGAAACCCACAGGAUUGAGUCGGGUUUGUACUGUCGCGACUGUACUAUUGUCUUUGAGCAGAUCAUGAAGAAUCCGGAAGUCCCUACAGUUACCGAUGAGAUGAUUCAGGCGCUUGAUCGGCAAUACCAUACCGCGUUCUUGGAGGAAGAAAUGCCGCACCAUUUCGCUCUGUGCUCCGCUAUCAAGUCCCCAACCCAACAACUCAACGGCCCAGCUUUACGCAAGUGGCCCUUUGAGAGAAGCGGCGAACAAGUCAUCGUCGAAUGGGAGGAAAUCGACGGUGAAGGUGCAGAGACUCGGUAA